GACUGGACCGGACGGGACGGGAUUUUCGCUGAGCGUGCUGGCGGCGGCCCUGUCGCCAGGGCUUUGAAGUCGGAAGGUGAAGCAGAACUUUGGGAACUAGUGCCCGCGGCCUUCCACCCCAGAUCUAGGUUGGAAUUUGCCCUCAACAAAUAAGAAAAUGAUGAGUGAUGCAAGUGACAUGCUGGCUGCAGCACUGGAGCAGAUGGAUGGGAUUAUAGCAGGUUCUAAGGCUCUUGAGUAUUCCAAUGGGCUUUUUGAUUGUCAGUCUCCUACCUCUCCAUUCAUGGGAAGUUUGCGAGCUCUGCACCUUGUGGAAGACCUGCGUGGAUUGUUAGAGAUGAUGGAAACAGAUGAGAAAGAAGGCUUGAGAUGCCAGAUCCCAGAUUCAACAGCAGAAACAUUGAUUGAGUGGCUUCAGAGUCAAAUGACAAAUGGACACUUACCUGGGAAUGGAGAUGUGUAUCAGGAAAGGCUAGCACGCUUAGAAAAUGAUAAAGAAUCCCUCGUUCUUCAGGUAAGUGUGCUAACAGACCAGGUAGAGGCUCAAGGAGAGAAGAUUCGAGACUUGGAGUUUUGUCUUGAAGAGCACAGAGAGAAGUUGAAUGCUACAGAAGAAAUGCUACAGCAGGAGCUUCUGAGUAGAACAUCCUUAGAAACUCAGAAGUUGGAUCUGAUGGCUGAAAUAUCUAACUUGAAGUUAAAACUGACGGCAGUAGAGAAGGAUAGACUGGAUUAUGAAGAUAGGUUCAGAGACACCGAGGGUCUAAUGCAGGAGAUCAGCGAUUUGAGGUUAAAAGUCAGUGAAAUGGAUAGUGAAAGGCUUCAGUAUGAAAAAAAGCUUAAAUCAACCAAAGAUGAACUGGCAUCUUUAAAGGAGCAACUGGAAGAGAAAGAAUCUGAAGUAAAAAGGCUGCAAGAAAAACUGGUUUGCAAGCUGAAAGGAGAAGGGAUCGAAAUUCUUGAUAGAGAUGAAAAUUUUAAAAAGAAGCUCAAAGAAAAAAAUAUCGAAGUACAAAAAAUGAAAAAAGCUGUGGAGUCUCUGAUGGCAGCAAAUGAAGAAAAGGAUCAGAAAAUAGAAGAUCUCCGACAAUGCCUGAACAGGUGCAAGAAAAUGCAAGAUGCAGUGCCCCAGGGCAAAACAGGCAAAGAUGGGGAAUAUGAAGAUCUGCUCAACUCCAGUUCCAUCUCCACCUUGUUGGAUGCUCAGGGCUUCAGUGAUCUAGAGAAAAGCACAUCAUCAAGUCCAGCCAUGGGAUCUCCCAGUCAUGACCUGUUCAACACAAGUGCUAUAAAAGAGUUCCACACCAGCAUCUUGCAAGUUUCGAUGCCUUCAUUAUUGCCAGCAUCUGUAGGGGCAGAAACUUCUGAAAAAUCAAAGUUGCCUCCUAAAUCAGAGACUUCAUUUGAAGAGAAUGAUGGAAGAAUAAUCCUUGGUGCUGCGGUUGAAACCCAGUUGUGUGAUAAUCUUCCAACUUCAAGUCUGCAAAAAUCCAGCAGCCUGGGCAACCUGAAGAAAGAGAUAUCAGAUGGGGAAAAGGAAUCUAUUCAGAAGACUUCAGAGGAAAAAGCUCCAGUAGAAAGUCACACGUUUGGAAGCCUCCCUCCCAAAGUCCCAGGACACCAUGCUUCUGUGGAUGACAACCCCUUUGGCACUCGAAAAGCCAGAUCGUCCUUUGGUCGGGGCUUUUUUAAAAUCAAAAGUAGCAAGAGGACAGCAAGUGCACCAAAACUGGAUCGUAAACGAAGUGCCAGUGCACCUUCCUUAGCUGAAACAGAAAAGGAGACAGCGGAGCACUUAGAUUUGGCUGGUACAUCUUCUCGGGCAAAAGACUCACAGGACACCAGUCCAUUCCAGAUGUCUCCACCAUCUCCAGAUUCCAGAAAGAAAUCCAGAGGUAUCAUGAGACUCUUCGGAAAACUUAGGAGAAGUCAGUCAACUACAUUCAACCCAGAUGACAUGUCUGAACCCGAAUUCAAAAGAGGAGGGACAAGGGCAACUGCAGGGCCCCGACUGGGUUGGUCUCGAGAUUUGGGACAGUCCAACAGUGACUUGGAUAUGCCGUUUGCCAAAUGGACCAAGGAGCAAGUUUGUAAUUGGCUUGCAGAACAAGGCUUGGGGUCCUACCUGAAUUCUGGCAAGUACUGGAUUGCCUCUGGCCAAACGCUUUUGCAGGCUUCUCAACAAGAUCUAGAGAAGGAACUUGGAAUCAGGCAUUCACUUCAUCGAAAAAAACUGCAGCUGGCACUGCAAGCCCUGGGAUCCGAAGAAGAAACAAAUCACGGAAAGCUGGAUUUCAACUGGGUCACUAGAUGGUUGGAUGAUAUUGGCCUCCCCCAGUAUAAGACCCAGUUUGAUGAAGGACGGGUGGAUGGUCGAAUGCUACAUUACAUGACUGUUGACGACUUACUGUCUUUGAAGGUUGUGAGUGUGCUGCAUCAUCUCAGUAUCAAGAGGGCCAUCCAGGUCCUGAGGAUCAAUAACUUUGAACCAAACUGCCUUCGGAGGCGGCCAUCUGACGAGAAUAACAUCACGCCAUCCGAGGUUCAGCAGUGGACCAAUCAUCGAGUGAUGGAGUGGCUGCGCUCUGUGGACUUGGCAGAAUAUGCCCCUAAUCUCAGAGGCAGUGGUGUCCAUGGUGGUCUCAUGGUUUUAGAACCUCGUUUUAAUGUAGAAACAAUGGCUCAGUUAUUGAACAUCCCACCUAAUAAGACCUUGCUGCGAAGACAUUUGGCCACUCAUUUCAACCUUCUGGUUGGUGUGGAGGCUCAGCACCAGAAGCGAGAUGUCAUGGAGUUACCAGAUUAUGUACUUUUAACAGCCACUGCCAAAGUGAAGCCAAAGAAACUUACCUUUAGCAAUUUUGGCAAUCUGAGAAAGAAGAAACAGGAAGAUGGAGAAGAAUAUGUUUGUCCAAUGGAAUUGGGACAGGCAUCAGGAAGUACCUCUAAAAAGGGAUUUAAACCUGGUUUGGACAUGGGCCUGUAUGAUGAAGAUGAUUUGGACCGGUUAGAGCAGAUGGAAGAUUCAGAAGGGACAGUAAGACAGAUAGGUGCGUUCUCUGAAGGCAUCAACAACCUUACACACAUGUUAAAGGAAGAUGACAUGUUUAAAGAUUUUGCUGCCUGCUCCCCCAGUGCCAGCAUUACAGAUGAAGACUCAAACGUUUGACCAUAACACCUGGAUAAGCACUAGGAACCCACCUUAGUUUUCAAAUAGCAUAUACAAAAACCAACAGAUUGUAUAUUGUUUCUUGUUCAAACUUCUGCUCAUUCAGAAGCGGAAAUGGAAGGCAGGGGACUCAUGCCUGUUCUGAAGUUGCCACGAAAAAUGAGACACUGGUGAAUGAGAGUAUAAUUGCUUUACUCUAUUUAAUGUAAAAAUCUGUAAGGUAUUAUAUUUAAAGCUGCAUUUAAGAUGAGUGUUUUACCAUAGUGUUUCAUUCACAUCCCCAGUGUGGAGGGCUUGGGGAGCAGUAACCAGUAUGUGAAUGACUUUGUCACAUCAUUGUGUUACUGCAGUCAUAGAAGCAGGACAUCUGUGCUCUCAAAGUAAUUCAUCAUGCAGAGUUUCCAGAAGCAUUCAUUGUGCCUGCUAAAUGCCAACUAUACCUCUGCUUGCCUCUUACUGUCUUGUUUUUAUAUAUUUUUCUAAGUAUAUGUAUAUAUACCAUACAUAAAAAUAGAACUUUUAUUUUGUGACCUAAGGAAGACAAUGAAAAGAUCAUAUUAAAAACAAAAGCAAAAGAACAGUGAUCUAAAUUUUCACAUAGCAGCUGAUUCCUGAAGAGAUCAGAAUGGUCUUUCUUUUUCUACAACUGAAUUUUUACAAUGUUCAUCCUUCAGACUAAACUAAUAUACAUGAAAUAUGUGUCUUUGAUGACAGCAUAGAAUUGUUGAAGUUUAAGAACUUCACCUUUACCAGGCAUCAGUGGCUCAUGCCGUAGCCUCGCUACUCCAGAGGCAGUGAUCAGGAAGAUCGCAAUACGAGGCCAGCCUGGGCAAAUAGUUUGUG